UCGAGUCACGCCCAUCCGAUCUGACGACAUGGCACACUGGUUCCACAGAAAUCCUCUCAAAGCCACGUCAUCCGUCAACUUCGAUGUCUAUCGGUCAGGAACUACAAACUCAGAUGCCUCAAAACUUUUAGCAGACUUGAAAGGGAAACGUAGGAAGCUGUUAGAACUCAUUAGGACGCCAGAGUCGGAAUUGGCCGACGUGACGACGUUUACAACGGAGUAUUUGAGCACUUUGCGUGGUAUCAUUCAGGGCAGUGUGGAGGAGUCCGGACGAGAAGAAGGUGUGCGUCAUUUGGUUGUAUUCCGAUGGACAAAUACAGUACAAGGAAAAAAAGUUAGUGAACUAAUGGAUGCUCAGUUUGAGUUGGUGUCCGUUCUGGUCAACGUAGCUCUGUGGCAUAUGAAACAUGCCGCUCAUCUUGCUGCCAACCCUGAAAUCUCAAUGGAAGAGGCAAAAGAAGUGCAUCGGACGUUAAGAAUAGGCGCAGGGAUGUUCACUCUGUUGAAAGACUCUGAAGUGCAGACACUCCAUGACACUGGAGAUAAGGGAGCCGACACUGAUGUACGCAUUCUGGAUGCUUAUAUUAUGCAAUGUCAAGCUGAGGCUCAAGAAGUGACAUUGGCUCGUGCGAUUGAAUUGAAACACAAGCACUCGCUCGUAUCGGCACUUGCUGCAGAAACAUCCAAGAUGUUCAUGAUUGGGGGUGAUAGCCUGACAACAUUGGAUCAGCUGCAAGUUGGAAAAUGGCAUAAAUACAUGGCAAUCAAAGAUGCUUUCUACAAGGCAUAUGCUUACUGCUACCUGGGAUUGGAUGUUCUUGCUCAAGACAAGUGUGGAGAGGCUAUUGCUUGUUUACGAGAGAGCAGCCGUUUGUAUGCAGCAGCUGAGAAGCUGAGUAAAGAGUAUGCAAGUAUGAAAGGCCCUGGAACUCAUUGCAGACCUCACGAGCACGUUUUCUUUCGAAAGCUCGGACCACUAGUCAAGAGCACACUUGAGAAAUGUGAACACGAGAAUGGAUUUAUUUAUUUUCAUAAAGUGCCUGAUCAGCCUCCAGAGUUACCAGUGAAGGCAACGUUUGGUCUUGCCAGUGCUGAGCCUUAUGCUCUCCCACCUGUCAAUCCUGCAUGGACAGAAGAUGCCUUGAAGUCACUGAAAUCGGGUAAAACACCACAUGAUAAGCCAGAGGGUGCUGCUGUGGCUGAAGAGAUCAAACCCAUUCCUGAGCCGAAUGUGUCAACAGAGCCUGCUCCAGCGCCUUCAACAAGCUCUGGUUGUGUCGUAUCUUAGACUGAUGGUCACCCUUUGCUCUAUGUGUAGUGUACAUAAACACAUCAUUCUAUAUGUUAGAAAUUGUU